AUAGCGCGAGCGGGAGAUUCCAGAUUGAGAGCAGCUUCCAGUUUCUCUCUCCUCGCCGUUCCUCUUCGCUUCUUCGAGUUUCGUUACCAGAGAGAUUCUAGGUAUUGAGGGAGAGAGUGUUGAAAUUAUAGAAUGGACUUUGAUGAGUAUGAGUACUUAGAGAAGACAGUUGAAAAUCCUCACUUGGAGAAUGAAGUUGGGAAUGGUGGUGGUGAUGAGAAAGUCAAAUCUGAUGGGAAAGAGCGGAGUAGAAGCUCAAGGCAUAGGGGUGACGAGAAGAAGGAGAGAGAUGAAGACGAGAAUGGGAGGCGUUCUAAGCGGUCGAGAUCUCACCACCGUUCACGUUCUAGGGACAGAGAGAGGGAUAGGCAUAGGAGUAGCCGGGAGCACAGAGAUAGAGAUCGUGAAAAGGAUAUAGAUAAAGAAGAAAGAAAUGGGAAAGAUAGAGAGAGGGACAGAGAUAAGGAUCGAAAUGGUAAAGGGCGUGACCAUGAAAAAGAUAGGGAGAGAGAUCGGUCACGAAGGAGUAGAAGUCGAUCAGAGCGACAUCGGAGUCAGGAAAGAGAAAAGAGCCUGGAAAUUGAACCUAAGGAAAGAGAGACCAAGGACCGAGAUAGAGAUCGCAGACGCCAUAAAGAUAAGAAGGAGGAUAAGGUAGAACCUGAGGCUGAUCCUGAAAGAGAUCAGAGAACAGUUUUUGCCUAUCAGAUUGCUUUGAGAGCAACAGAAAGGGAUGUUUAUGAAUUCUUUUCUAGAGCUGGCAAGGUGCGAGAUGUACGGAUAAUAAUGGAUCGAAUUUCCAGGCGUUCCAGGGGAAUAGGGUAUGUGGAGUUUUAUGAUACAAUGUCUGUCCCCAUGGCUAUUGCUCUAUCUGGACAACCUCUUCUUGGUCAGCCUGUUAUGGUAAAACCUUCUGAAGCUGAGAAGAAUCUUGUUCAGUCAACAACUGCUGCUGCUGGAGCAGGGGGGAUGUUGGGCCCCUACUCCGGGGGAGCUAGACGUCUUUAUGUUGGUUUUGAACCAUUUGGGAGUGUGGAGCUGGUGCAAGUACCUCGUGAUGAAACUGGCCUCUGCAAAGGAUUUGGUUUUGUUCAGUUCGCCCGCCUGGAGGAUGCUAGAAACGCACUGAAUCUAAAUGGGCAGUUGGAGAUUGCAGGUCGUGCAAUCAAGGUGUCAGCUGUAACUGAUCAAACUGAAGUCCCAGAAGCUGGACAGACGCAAACCACCGGUGAUUUGGAUGAUGAUGAUGGAGGUGGCCUGUCUCUGAAUGCACAAUCGCGGGCGCUUCUCAUGCAAAAGCUCGAUCGCAGUGGAACUGCAUCAAGCACUGGCCUUACUACAGCUGCAUCUAUUCACGGUGGAGUUUCUACAAUCUCUUCAUUGGCAGCUCCUGCACUUGUACAAGGGUCUUUUCCUGCUGUUGCUGGACUCGCAGGGGCCGGCAUUAUUCCUGGUGUAAUAGACCCAGUUGGUGUCCCCAGCGAAUGUCUGCUGCUUAAAAACAUGUUUGAUCCAUCCACUGAGACUGAAGAUGAUUUUGACAAGGAUAUAGAAGAAGAUGUUAAAGAAGAAUGCUCCAAAUUCGGAAAUCUGAAUCAUAUCUAUGUUGACAAGAACAGCAUUGGUUUUGUCUACCUGAGAUUUGAGAAUGCGCAAGCAGCCAUAGGUGCCCAACGUGCUCUCCAUGGAAGAUGGUUUGCUGGAAAGAUGAUUACUGCGACUUACAUGACUACAGAGGUGUACGAGGCCAAAUUCCCCGAGAGUCCGUUGUGCACAGGACCAUUUGAUGUGGUAAAAACGAGGUUGAUGGCUCAAACCCGAGACGGUGAAGGUGGGGUGAGAUAUAAAGGGAUGGUUGAUGUCAUUACAAGGAUUUAUGCAGAGGAAGGAUUAGUGGCUUUAUGGAGAGGAUUGUUGCCAUGGCUAAUGAGGAUUCCACCAUGACAAGCCAUUAUGUGGGCUGCUGUUGAUCAAGUCUCAACUUUAUAUUAGAGAUUUCAUAAGAAUGUUCUAACAUUUUUUAAAAAUUAUUUGGCCUAGAAAGCAAGAGAAUGUUAACUAUCAUUGUCACAUAACAUUCCUAGUAGAACAGAAGAGGUCUAUCAAUCAAAUGUUUUUAAUUAU